AUGGCAAAUCAUAGUACUGAAAAAGCCAAUCAGUUCUUUCCCGAAGAGAUCCGCGAUAUCUUUGAAUACGAGACAUUGUACAUUCCACCGCCAGUUGCUCCCAAGGAUGAGAGCUUUACCUUGGCUCAACUCUAUCCGGAGAUCGAAACCUCUAUCCAAGAGAACAAGAUACGACGUCGGAAAGAAAUUGCAGCACAAAAGAAGGCGGAGAAAGCAGCUGCGAAGAAACAAAACAAACAGGUGGAAGAGGUCAUGCCGAAGCGACGGGCACGAGCACAAGAGCAGAACGAUCCCGCUCAGAACAGCGUUCGCGAGAAGCGCACCCGACUCGCGAGUUUGAACGACAAGAACAAGAGGUAUCGCCGGGCACCUGUACAGGUUGGCAUAUUGGAAGACAUGGAAGAGGCGGCAAGUCACUCUGAGAUGCGCGAGCCUUCCCCUACUGGAACCGAUUCAUCUGACGACGUGCCGCUCAUGACCUUACGACCUGGACGUGUUAGUCCCAUCUCAGAAGAAAUCACAAGCGGCGAUGAGGACGCACCGCUUCGCAGUCUGGAAAAGAGCGACACUAAGAUUUUGGGUGGCUUUCCUUCAUUCGUCGCCAACAUGGAGGCGGUCUCAUUCACUGAUCCAAUCAUCCGAUUGCAUGCGACGACUGGCACAUAUGCGACUGAUUUCAGUCUGAUCAAAUUGUCCGAUCGUCUUGCACACAUCAACAUCAGAGAGGCCACAAUACCCGAAGCUAGUGCUGAGCAGACCAUAUCUUCUCCAACUGCUGCGAUUCUCAAUCCUCUCGUCAACUUCCACGCCACCACUGGCACGUUCUCUACAUUCUUUGCCCUAUUUAUACCGGACCCGAAAUCCGGCCUGAUCACCGCGGCGAAAAGGACACCAAAGAGUUCAAUCAAUCCGAAGAAGCGUGUUCGAAUACAUGAGCCUGCCUCUGAACGCCCUGGCAAGAGGCUCCGCAAACCCCAUGUAUCUCAGAAAGAGGUGCUAGACGAUGAGUUUGUUUAUAGCUCCACAGAGGACAGUGAUGCUACUUCGUCUGAGGAUGAAGAGGAGGAGCCCCGCCCUAAACAAAAGCAGAAGCAGAAGACGAGGGGAUCGGUCUCCAAACGCCAGUUGGGCAAGGCUCUGCCCACGCCAACUCUACUUGAACGUUUGACAGGUCUCACUGGUGAUCCAAAUGACCCCAUCUACAAAGAUCCUAAGGCGCGUUCAGGACCUGGCUCUGGACGGCCCUGGCCAGAACGUAAGAGAAAGCAAUUCAACCAGCAAAGGAAAGAGCGUGAGUACGUGGAGACAUUAGAUCACGCCGACAGGUUCAAAAAACUGUCUUUGACACUAGCUCUUGCGUCCUCUCUAUCAAACGAAGAGGGCGUUGUCGACUGGAGUAUCGUUGAAAAGGUGUACGCUCGCGACCGUCUCUUCGACCUGCCAAAGGCGAAGAAACUUUGGGCCUGGAUGCAAGCCCACAUGAGUACACAGCUUUCAGAGCUGCUUCAGAUGUUGCAGACAAACUUCCUUGAAGCAUACGAAGCGGGUCGACUUCCUGCGAUUGAAGACCCUGUGACCUAUGACUGGGCCGGCCUCGUUCGAUGGACCAUGCGUACUUGCGCAUAUUCUGAGCCUCCUCUUCCCCUUUACCGCGAAACAAUUGAGCAGUUCGCUGUAGACGAGUCUAAUUACUCUACCAUGGACAGAGUGACUUGGUACAGCAAAAGACUCGCGGACACGGGACGAACACAACUGCAGCUGCAACUUCCCUUCGUCGUACCUAUACAUGGACCAUCUGCUCAGCUGCGCUCAGCGACAGGUAGCCAGACGAAAGCGAGGUCGUGGAUACGUGCAAACAUUGCGACUCCACAACCAAUCUAUGAUGCUCACCUUGCACACGAAAAGCUCGAAACGAUGGGCGAGGGAAUUCUCAGCAGUGUUGUCGGAGACUUUGUACAGCAUGAACAUCUCAAGAUGAGGAAACUCAAACGACAACUACCGGGAAGAAACUAUACGUUCACAAAGAAGUUUGCCAAAAACUACAAGCCAACUGUCAAGAAAGAGCUGGAUACCGCUUUUGCAAGUGAGGAUCCCAAGAAACGAUUCUACAGCAUCUCUCGCUGUGAGGAGGAUGGCUCUAUCAUGGCAAUCAUGUCAUUAGUUGCAGACGGCAAGGUCAAGCUGGUGCCGCAACUUCCACCUGUUGAUAAUGAAUUUGGUGCGCCACUGCCAAGGCUUUCCAAAUGGGGGUUCUGCGAGGGUGACUAUGUCCACCGUUCGAUUGACCGAAAUCGCAUGUUUUGGGACACACGUGUCGUACCGACCUUGGACUACACAUUCGGUAAUCCCUUCCAGCCUAUACCUUCACCGGCGGAAGACUGGCCGUCGCUUCCUGAGCCCCCACUUCCCGGCUGUCAUGAUGACGAUGCAUUGCUACCUAUCUGGAGUAGCAUUGACGGGAAACGAGUCACAUGGCCUUGGUGGUAUCGAAUUUUGAACCUUGUUCUGCAACCGUUGUACCUACAGCCAGGCGCAAGAGCUGCCGAUCUGUACUCGCACUGCCCAGAGCAUACAACCGAACUCUUUGAGGUACAGCUCGUCCUUGACUGGCUCCAAUCUAUCGAUGCUGUUUCCAAGACAGUUGGUGACGGUUACCGAGUCUCCUUGAACUUCUGGGCUGCUUUCGGCGACGUGCUACUCGACACUCGAGAUGAUAUCUUUGGUCAGCAUGUUAAACGCCAUACCAAAAUGACUACGAAGCAACAGUGGAGGGAUAAGUACAACUUGCGGUAUUCGAAGAUGCAGGCGCAAAGAUUUCAAGGCGGUAUUCAGCAGCUCGUAAUGGACAGGCGGAACGUCUUGAUGCCACAAUGA